UUUUUUUAAAUAAUAUAUAGCUAUAUACUGUAAAUAUUGUAAAACAUUUGUCAAGCUGGAACGCAAGGGGACAUGUCUAAUCAAGGGGUUAGGAGAAAUGGCCCAGUGAAACUGCGUUUGACAGUCCUGUGUGCGAAAAACCUGUCGAAGAAGGACUUCUUUCGGCUGCCUGACCCCUUCGCCAAGGUGGUGGUGGACGGCUCGGGGCAAUGCCACUCCACAGACACUGUGAGGAACACGCUCGACCCCAAGUGGAACCAGCAUUACGACCUAUACAUCGGGAAGUCUGACUCCAUCACCAUCAGUGUGUGGAACCACAAGAAGAUCCACAAGAAGCAGGGGGCGGGGUUUCUGGGCUGCGUCCGCCUCCUGUCCAAUGCCAUCAACCGCCUCAAGGACACCGGCUAUCAGAGACUGGACCUGAACAAGCUGGGCCCCAAUGACAACGACACGGUGCGUGGCCAGAUCGUGGUGAGUCUGCAGUCCAGGGACCGGAUCGGCACUGGGGGGCCUGUGGUGGACUGCAGCCGGCUGUUCGACAACGAUCUGCCCGACGGCUGGGAGGAGAGGAGGACUGCCUCGGGUCGGAUCCAGUACCUCAAUCACAUCACGCGCACCACGCAGUGGGAGAGGCCCACCAGGCCCGCGUCGGAGUACUCCAGCCCCGGCCGGCCCCUCAGCUGCCUGGUGGAUGAGAACACCCCCAUCAUGGGCCCCAACGGGGCGUCCUGCGGGCAGUCCGGGGACCCGCGGGCCCAGGAGAGGCGCGUGCGCUCCCAGAGACACCGCAACUACAUGAGCCGCACGCACCUGCACACCCCGCCGGACCUGCCCGAGGGCUACGAGCAGAGGACCACGCAGCAGGGACAGGUGUACUUCCUCCACACGCAGACGGGCGUGAGCACGUGGCAUGACCCACGCGUGCCCAGGGACCUCAGUAAUGUGAACUGUGAGGAGUUGGGCCCCCUGCCCCCGGGCUGGGAGAUCCGUAACACAGCCACGGGCCGCGUCUACUUCGUGGACCACAACAACCGCACCACCCAGUUCACCGACCCCCGCCUGUCCGCCAACCUGCACCUGGUGCUGAACAGCCCGACUCCGAACCCUAAUGGCUCCCGCGUUGGCAUCGAGAGCCAGAACAGCAACUUCAGCCGUCCGAACCAGCUGAAGGAGCAGCAGCCGCCCCAGCAGGUCCUGUCCCCCAGCCAGCUGCCCGAGGAGGCCGAGUGCCUGACCGUGCCCAAGUACAAGCGGGACCUGGUGCAGAAGCUGAAGAUCCUGCGGCAGGAGCUGUCCCAGCAGCAGCCUCAGGCGGGCCACUGCCGCAUCGAGGUGUGCCGAGAGGAGAUCUUCGAGGAGUCCUACCGCCAGGUGAUGAAGAUGAGGCCGAAGGACCUGUGGAAGAGACUGAUGGUGAAGUUCAGGGGCGAGGAGGGGCUGGACUACGGAGGAGUGGCCAGAGAGUGGCUGUAUCUGCUGUCCCACGAGAUGCUGAACCCUUACUACGGGCUGUUCCAGUACUCACGCGAUGACAUCUACACCCUGCAGAUCAACCCAGACUCCGCCGUCAAUCCGGAGCACCUGUCCUAUUUCCACUUCGUGGGCCGCAUCAUGGGCAUGGCGGUGUUCCACGGCCACUACAUCGACGGCGGCUUCACCCUGCCCUUCUACAAGCAGCUGCUGGGGAAGCCCAUCACCCUGGAUGACAUGGAGGCAGUGGACCCAGACCUGCACAAGAGCCUGGUCUGGAUCCUGGACAACGACAUCACGGGGGUGCUGGACCACACCUUCUGCGUGGAGCACAACGCGUACGGCGAGAUCAUCCAGCACGAGCUCAAGCCCAACGGCAAGAGCAUCCCCGUGAGCGAGGACACCAAGAAGGAGUACGUGAGACUCUACGUGAACUGGAGGUUCCUGCACGGCAUCGAGGCGCAGUUCCUGGCUCUGCAGAAGGGCUUCAACGAGGUCAUCCCCCAGCACCUGCUCAAGUCCUUCGACGAGAAGGAGCUGGAGCUCAUCGUGUGCGGCCUGGGCAAGAUCGACAUCAACGACUGGAAGUCCAACACGCGGCUGAAGCACUGCACGCCCGACAGCAACAUCGUCAAGUGGUUCUGGAAGGCGGUGGAGUCGUACGACGAGGAGCGCCGGGCGCGGCUGCUGCAGUUCGUCACCGGCUCGUCCCGCGUCCCACUGCAGGGCUUCAAGGCGCUGCAAGGUGCUGCAGGGCCCCGUCUCUUCACCAUCCAUCAGAUCGACGCCAGCACCAACAACCUGCCCAAAGCCCACACCUGCUUCAACCGGAUCGACAUUCCGCCGUACGAGAACUACGACAAGCUGUACGACAAGCUGCUGACGGCCAUCGAGGAAACGUGCGGCUUCGCCGUGGAGUGAGGGAGGGGCUGGGGUUCACCCCGCCCCCGGGGAGGAGCUUCCACAGUCCAGCAGCACUGACACCACACCGAGGCCCUGCCCCCAUCCUACCUUUUUUUUUUUAAUUACGAUUUCCUUUUUCAGCUGCUAAAAGACUUGAUAAUAACUUACAUUGGAACCUGCAAAGGAUGCUGGCUUUUUUAAAACAUUUUAUUUACAACAUUAAAAAGACUGUUCUAUGUAGUGUUUCCUCAUUUACUAAGCAAAACACAAAUCCACGAGGGGGAACGCGGCAGCAGAGGGUAGGAGUAGUAGUGCUACUGUCACCCCGGAGGCUUUCGUCACCCCGGACACUCAGAAACCCGGGACCGGGGAGGCCACGUGCCCUCGCCUUGCGGGGGGGCACCAGACUCGAGGUGCGGCACUCUCCUCUAAGCCCUCCAGACACACGGCGACCAUCGCUGUCCGCCCACCGCUGUCCGCCCACUUCACACCCGGAGACGCCCCGCAGGCCUGCCAGCCGCGCUCGUGCGACAAGAGAAAGAAAAAACGCUUUCGUUAUUUUUAUAUCAGAUGAGAAAAUAAAACUAUAAAAAUAGAAUUAUUCCAGAAUUCUAAACUGCAUCUUAGAAAUUCCUCCUUUUUUAAUGCUCAAAGUAUUAAUGUUUAAAUUAUAGACUAUUUGUGAACGAGUUAAGCUUGAAUGAAGUCGAUGUUUUCGUGAUGGACGAACCGGAAACCUUUUAAAGCCACUCUCCAAACAGGAAGUUGAGAGUUGAGACAGGAAGCGCAUCGUUGUGAAAACAGACUCUCCUGCACCGCCCUCAGAGUGCCAUAGGUUAACCGCUUGACCGGCCGGUAGGUUAAUUUAAUGAUGUCAUCAUGUAUAUUUGCAUAUUGGUGUGGUAUUCAUUUGCAUUUUGCAGACUUCUCACCCCCCUCCGAGCCCAAAAAGGACGCUACACCUAUCGAUCGUCCUCGCAGAGAGCAUCGGCUCGGCGAACGCGUUGCAUAACCACUCCAUCGGACCUGAAGAUAGACAUCCGUUCAGUUGGGGUGGGAAUUUGGGUUCUAUCCUCAGGUGCCUUCUUGCCCAUAGGAAAUGCAAUCCAGGGAAGAUUUCUGUGCUUUCAAACUGACAUCCACUUAAGAAGGCAGGAGUUUUCCUCGCGGCUCUUGAGCACUUUACAAACGUGUCGGGGGCGGGAGGUGCUUACGUCAUAUUAGUUUCUAAAUAACGCGUAACACAUUAUACACAAACCAUACUGCAUUGGAAAUAUAUACCUGUAAUUUUCGAGUAUAUAUAUAUUUAAAAAUAUAUAUAUUUUGUAUAUGGCUUGUCUUUUCUGUCCUUUUAACAUACCAGUAUAUCACAGACCUCACAGUCACGUUCUCAGGUGAUGUAUCUUUUUUGCGUUUUUUUUUGUGCGUGUGUAAAGCUGACAUGCGACGAGACCGAUGUACACCCCUCUUAAGAAAGCAUGUCUCAGAAACACCGAGGAACUGCCAUUCUCAAGUCUAACCUGUGACCCUCUCCCAUAAGUCACUCAGAAUAGCCCUCUGAUUUGGGGGACUGAGGUCAAGAUUUAAUGGCAUAAACCCUUUCAUACACUCACCCCAAACACAGCUCUGCAAGUACGGACUUUUUAAACAAUAUUUAUUUUUUAGCUUUUUUUUUUUUUUGCCCUGUAAACUCGUGUGUUGAUUCAUAAGUUUUUUUUGAAUGUUUAAUGCUGCCUGUCUAUAGCAAUCUAUUAUGACCAUGGACUGUUCUUAAAGUUUGCAUACACACAAAAUUAAUUCAUUUUGUUUCGUUUUUGCCAGUGUGUAUGCAAAAUUUAAAAUAUUUAGCCUCUGGAUAAAGAAAAAUAAGUAUCCCGAGAUGGUGCUUUGUACAGUAUAGGAUAUUGUUCAUAUGCGGAUCACAGAACCUUUAAUUUAUCUUUUAACUUAAAAAAAAUAAAAAGGAAAAAAAUUGUUUGCACACCUACAGACUUAAGUUGCGCAAAACUUGGCAACUUCCAUUUAUUUACCAAAUAGUUUAUCGACUGAUUGACUCCUAUAUAGCAACCCGCCCACCCCCGUGUCCAGUGCACACACCGUCCUCUGCCCCGCCUCUGCCCCACACUACACCAGUGCGCAUCGCUAACGCUCCGUUCCCAUCCACACACGCCUUCCAGCGCCAGGAGAGCUGCUCCCGUAUCGAGUCAGUUCGGAAGACACAGCCUGUUGCUUCAUGUAGCAUGCUCCACUAGCAGAACUAUAUCUAUAGCUGACUGGUGCAAUUUGUUGUACUGAAUACACUAUCGUUUGUUUUGUAUGUUUGUGUGUGUGCAAUUGGUUCUGAUUAAAUUUCUGUUGUCCUGAAUUUACACCCCCCCCCCCCCCCCCCAUAUUUCCAUUCGCUUGUAUUUAUUACCGUGUGUUUAGCAUUCACACCAGCUGUUCUGUGAGCUUCAUUACACAUGUAUGAUAAAACAUUUUGAAAAAAAAAAGAUCUUGUACCCAUGCAGAAGAUGAGCAAUAAACUCUAUGCUGUUUGCACCUCACAGCAUAAUGUUUAAUAUAA